AACCGCCUGAAGCAGCUGAUGGAGCAGAAGCAUCGCGUGGACGAGCAGAUUGAGCGCGAGAUCACCGACGAGCGCGAGAUCACCGACGAGCAGAUCGAGAUCCAGGCGAUGCUGGAGGCGAAGGCGCGGGAACGCGCGAACGAGGCGCGACCGGAUUACUCUGUCGAAGAAUCGGAACCGGAAGCGCUGCCAAUACCCGCCGCCAUGGUCCAUCACGAGCAACAUCCGGGCAAACGACACGGCCCGAAUGCAGUUAGUUGUGAAAUGUUUGGCAGCUCAAGAUGGCUCGUUGUGCUAGGAAUAUUAGUGGUGGGCCUGUUAGUUUCGUUCGCUCGGGCCAAUUAUCCUCCUCCGGAAAGAUUGACUGGCAUGAAUCCUUGUAUCAGUAAACAGACAUGCCAUGAGUGCAUACAGACUCCACACUGUGCUUGGUGCGCAGCACCGAAAUUCUCCGAGAAGAGGUGUUUCCUUCCAAAUAUCAAUACCAAGAUAUUCGCAACGUGUCCUCCCAAGUACACAUGGAAUCCUGAUAAUGUCUUCAGCAUGCUGCGACACCGUAACUUGACCAAGGGCGGUUUCGCCGCUGGCGGCGGCGCAGGAGGAGGAUAUGGCAGCAUCGAAGGCUCAUACUCCAAUUUCUCAUCUUCCGGCUCAUCCUCUUCGCAUUUUCAUAAGGAGAGUUCGAGCAGUGGCGGAAGUAGAAGACAGGAGGCCGUGCAAAUGUGGCCACAAGAGGUCGAUCUGAAACUUAGAAUAAAUGAAGCUUAUAGAAUGUCGUUCGCUUAUUCCCAAGCGGAAGAUUAUCCCGUGGACCUCUACUAUCUUAUGGACCUGAGCAAGUCCAUGGAGGACGACAAGAAGAAACUGUCCGAUUUGGGCCAAUUGUUGGUCGAGAGCAUGAGCAAGAUUACAAGCAAUUUCCGUUUGGGUUUCGGUAGCUUUGUCGACAAAGUCGUAAUGCCAUACGUCAAUACCGUGCCAAAAUCUCUUAUCGAACCGUGCGACGGUUGCGCGGCGCCUUAUGGAUACAAGAACAUCAUGAGACUCUCUCAGGACACAAGCAAGUUUGCGGGAUUGGUGCGUAACGCGUCUGUGUCCGGCAAUCUUGACGCGCCGGAGGGCGGCUUCGAUGCGAUCAUGCAAGCGAUAGUUUGUCGUAAUCAAAUAGGCUGGCGCGAAAAGGCGCGUCGGUUACUGGUAUUCUCGACCGAUGCCGGUUUUCAUUAUGCAGGCGACGGUAAGCUGGGUGGUAUCAUCAAGCCGAACGAUGGCAUGUGCCACUUGGACACGAGAGGCACGUACACCCACUCGUCCCUGCAGGAUUAUCCGAGCAUUUCGCAAAUCAAUCUGAAAGUGAAACGAAACGCCAUAAAUAUCAUAUGGGCGGUCACCGAGGAGCAGAUCAACGUUUACAAAAGACUUACGAAGCACGUUGAGGGUUCCUUCGCCGGCAAGUUGUCCGACGAUUCCAGUAAUGUCGUGGAACUGAUCCGCGAGCAGUACGACGCUAUCUCGAGCUCAGUGGAGAUGAAGGACACGGCCAGCAGCGCGGUCAAGGUGAAAUACUUCUCGAGCUGCUUGGGUACUGGGCCGGCGAUCGAGACGUCGAAAUGCGACGGACUAAAAGUCGGCACAAAGGUGGAGUUUAUCGCGGAGAUCGAAGUCACCAGUUGUCCGGCCAACAGAUCGGAAUGGAAGCAAAAGUUUGACAUUUAUCCGGUUGGUAUAAACGAGACUCUCACGGUAAAUCUGGAGAUGUUGUGUGACUGCGAGUGCGAGCGCGAAGGCCACAUGUACGAGGAGAAAUCGCCCGAGUGCAACGGCGUGGGCACGCUCAAGUGCGGCGUUUGCGAGUGCUACGACGGAUUCUUCGGUAAGCGAUGCGAGUGCAGUCCGCAUCAGGAACUCACUGGCUUCGACAAGCAUUUCCAAUCGUGCCGACCCGACAACACCUCCCUCGUAGACUGCUCCGGCCGCGGCACGUGCGCUUGCGGUCAAUGCGAAUGCGAAGAACGAGAAAAUUCGAAGGAGGUAAUAUCGGGACAUUUUUGCGAGUGCGAUAACUUUUCCUGCGACCGCGAUCAGGGUAAGCUCUGCUCGGACCACGGCACUUGCGAAUGCGGACAGUGCGUCUGCAACGCCGGCUGGACCGGACCGUCUUGUAAUUGUAGAUCCUCCAACGAUUCCUGCAUCGCGCCGGGAACCACGAAUGGCGUACUCUGCUCGGGUCAUGGCGACUGCAUCUGUGGUGAGUGCAUCUGUCACGAAGAGGGCAACACUCGAUACUCUGGCAAGCACUGCAACAAGUGCCCGACUUGCCCGAGCCGCUGCGAGGAACUGAAACCGUGCGUGCAGUGUCAAAUGUAUGGUACCGGAAACUAUAGCGAUCCGGAGGAGUGCGCGAAAAACUGCAAGGAGUUCGUACCCGAAAGCGUGGAGACGGUGAUCGUUGACGUGGACAACGACGAGGUGCCGUGCUUCGGCACAGACGAGGACGACUGCAAAUACAAUUUCGUGUAUUACUACAACGAGACCAACUGCCUGCAGGUUCGCGCUCAGAAAGAACGCGAAUGCCCACCGCAGGUCUACAUGCUUGGAAUCGUGUUGGGCGUGAUCGCGGCGGUGGUCCUGGUCGGUCUGGCGCUGCUGCUGCUAUGGAAACUGUUGACAACGAUACACGACAGACGGGAGUUUGCCCGUUUCGAGAAGGAGAGGAUGAUGGCCAAGUGGGACACGGGAGAGAAUCCGAUCUAUAAGCAAGCCACUUCCACGUUCAAGAAUCCGACUUAUGCCGGAAAAUAAUGCGCCUCGAAACGCAAUAUUUUUAAGAAGGAUUCGCAACGAUACGACGCGAUUUACAGUUUGCGAACAACAACUGUGCGCUCGGUGUCUCGUGUCAAGUUCAGCAAGAUCUUGAGUAGCUACGUAAAGAGACGCGUAACUCUGCGGCAUAACAAGAUCUAGAUCUAAGGUAUUUUAGCGUUUACAUAAUUAUUUAAAGGAAGUAAUAUUUAAAUACAGUAUAUACUCUAUUUUGUUGAGAUAUUUGUAAAAAACGAUUUAAAAUACUGCCAUAUAAAACAUAGACUGCAUUGUGGACGCGCGCAUACGCGUCAUUUGUUUACGAAAUUAUAAUGUUAUAUUUUAUCGCGAUCAUGGUUUAAGGAAAGCAGGUUAGUUAGGCUAAUUUUAAUAUUCAAGUGCCUUUUAAUAUCACGACCGACGGUGUACUUGCAAUUGACUCUCAGUUACCUUUGCAUUUUUUACACUAUACAUACAGAUGAACAGAGUGUAAACUUAAUAUGUGGUAACAUAGUUUGGGAAUGGAUCCAAAGGAGAUAAGUAAUGGGAGGAGAUUCGUAUAGAUGUAUGAUUUAUUCUAUGUCAUUUCUUAGUUAUGGUCGCAUCUUUUUUAUACGCAUUUUAAACACACAUUUGUUAUUUCUGUUGGAAUUGAGUUUCUGUUGUCUGUUGUGCUUUAAAGAUAAAGAUUAGAAAACUACAAAUAGAUUUCGAUACCUUAUACUUUCUCUGAAAAAAUGCAAACUGGAGUGAGUCAUAAGACACUGUAUAUUUGGAUCAUUAGUCAACAAGAUUUUACGUGAGAUAUAAAAUAAUUGUAAAUAUUAUAACUGGUUAUAGAAUAAAUUUUACCCAGAAUUAUUAGUACGGUCGUGUAACUCGAAAACGAUACGAAAUAUAUAUUGGAUCUAUUCCUGAAAUACAUCGCGCACAUAUUACGUUACAUUUCUUACGUAUAAAUAGAAAAAAUGCGCCGCCCUUUCUUCUGGACGAAAACGAAUGACUGUCAAAGAUUUUAUAUAUUUUUUAGUGCAAUCCACAUGAGGAUAUACUUCAUGCGAAAAAAAUUGGAAGAUGCAUUUAUCUGCGAAUCUUCUGUCCUGUAAUCGUUUUAUUGAUCGACUAAAGCGCAUUCUUUUUUUUAUUUCCUUUUCACGCGACUCUAAAGAGACUCGAAAGUGUUUAUAGAAAAUUUGUAUAAAUGUAUAAAGUACUGCCCGCGACCCGGAUAUAGAAAUAAGUUUUAACUCUGUACUUUAACGAUGGCGCGACAAUGAUAACUACACGAUUAUGUCUCGCAUAUUAUUUCGUAAAUAUAUAUUAUAUAUAACCAAAAGAGUGUUAUAUAAUCGGUUGUUUCUAACGCAAGAAUAUACGAGUACGAGGAUUCAGAAAUAUAUAAAGUAUAAAUAAUUCUGAAAGUAAACAAGUCGUGUGUCCGAUCAUAUGCGAAUCAUGUACUUCACUCUUCUCGAUUCGUGAAUCUCACGAAGCACAUCGAUUCCGAAAAAUAUACGUACAACGAUGUAAUCGUACCGUAAAAAGAGAGAUUAAACGACAGCGUGAUAUCUCGAUCCAUCGUGUCGUUUGUUUCCAAACAAUUUCAUCUCUUUUGACAAUUUUACAACAGCUAUAACCGCGUCAUUAUUAAUCGCAUUAUCUGUUCUUUUGUUUUAUACUAGCUCGACUAUAAGUUAACGUGAGUUAAUUACUAUAAUCGACAUUACUCCACGUGCGAUUGUUCGCAAACUCGAUAGGCUAUAUGUAGAUUAUAAGCCCUAGGCGAGGACUAAUAAAAACGAUGUGUUAGUAAGCGUUGCUACUUCUCACACCUUGUGUAUCACCCAGAUCGUAGAUUAUUUCGUAAAACUCGAGGAGAGGGAAGGGAAAAAGAGGACGCGUAAGGAAAAUUGAGUUUUCACGAAAAGAUUGACGACAUACAAUAUUGUCCCGACGUGUAUCACGCGAUGAUAUGUUUACGUGUGUCAUGUUGUCGCAUAGAUGCAUUAGUUAGAGAGAGGGGGACGAGAGAGAGAGAGAGAGAGAGAGACAGAAAUAUGGAUUCUUCCAUUGGAUUAUCUCAUGCGUUUUCUUUUUUUUUUUUCUACAGAUUUAUUAAAUAAUGUUGUGACAAUUUUCGUAAAACAUUCUUAAUUUUUUCUCUUUCAAAAUUAAAUUAUGAGGUGAUGUCAUUAAUAUUUCUUUCAUUAUUGUGCAACUGACAUCAAGGCGAGCUUAAGCAUGCAAGUCAUUAUCGUUUUGAAAUUCGAAAAUUUAGAGUCAAACGAACGAGAAAAAUAUUGAAACGUUAAAAAUAUUCUGAGACUAAAUUAUGCUCUCUAUAUGCCUUCACAACAAAGAGGGAGAUGUUUAAAUUUUCUUCAUGUGACUCAUCUAUUAUUGUAUUUCCUGUAGCAAAUACUACGUACGUAUGAUUUAUUAAUGCGAACAAUAGGUCGCAAGCAAAGAAAAGAUCGUUUCGGCAUCUAAUGAGCGUACAUUUAUAUUUAUUUAUUUAUGCGAUUGAGCUAAUGGAAAAAGAAGGCGGGAGAGAGGAAGAUUUUGUAAGCGUUUUCGAAAAAUUGUAUAAAUGAAAAGCUGUGCGCACAAAAGAGAAAGUUUUAAAGGUGAUAGUAAAAUAUAUUUUGAAGACGAAGUGUCAAAAAUAACGGGCCGUUUUAAUGGAGAAUUCUAUUCUGCAGGGACAUGAAUAUUGCCAUAGGAUUAAGGGACAAUAAGCCAGUGAUGAUCGGAACUAAAGGAACAAUUUCCAAAGAUAUUGAAACACGAAAAAUGGAAAGAAUUAGAAGAACUGUCUCGAGAAAAAGACAAUACACGAUAUAAAUCUUUGUAACAAAGAAAAGGAAAAUUUAAAAACAAUCACUAUUUUCUCUGCUAUGAAGAACAAUUCGUUAAAUCGGGCUGUAACGACGUGAUAUCCCGAGGAUUUCUCCAAAAUGUCACACGAGUCGAAACGCUUGUUUUUUCCGCAAAACGACGUCUGCAAUCUUUUUUGAAAGCACGCUAAAAAAAGUCUUCGCUCGUCGUUUAAAAAUUGGAACGCGCUGCGGCUCGAAACGAGAAGGAAAACGGAUAGCAACAAACUGGUUUAUCAAUGUUUCAAAACACGCUUAUCAACUAUUUUUUACCGACAAGUUUAUAGUAAAAGAAAACCACAUGCAGAGGUCGAGGAUUGUUAAUAAAAAUUGAGAGAUAAUCUAAUCGGAAUAACGUAAAAACGAGUGACGAGAAAAAAGAGUAUUUUCCUCGUAAAAGAUUUUAAUUAAAAGAUUCGAGAAACAAAGGAAUUGCCCUGUUAAAUUUUCCAACGAUUUAUCUUUGGUGUUUUAUGGCCCUUGCAUAUUUUUUCCGUCUUCGAGUACGUAAACACGCGCGGAUUUGCAUCGCGUUGCGACGCACUAAAGGAAAAUACGCAUCGCUUAGCUUGGGAAUUAAUUAACAAUAAUACUCAAGAACCCAAUCAAUCGGCAAAGCAUACAUAAAUAUAUAUAUAUAUAAACAGGUAAAGUGAAAAAAAUAAUAUUACUUACGGAGGUUUAUUAAAAAUAGUUUAUCGGAGAGACGCGUGGGGAGAUAAUCUUGCGGCCUUCGUGGAAUCUUUUUUCCUAAUCCUCAGAAGUAUUCAACUUGUUUAGCUCGUUGCAAACUAUAGACACAAUACUAUAAAGCGGCGUCUACAAUAAGAUUUUAAGCCCUAAGCCUUAAGAAAUUGACUAAUGACAGUCGAGUAUUCUCUUCAUAUUUGACUGUGAUUGGUCAAUUUCUUAAGGCUGAGGGCUUAAAAUCUCUAUUGUAGACGCCGCUUAAAAGAACGUGGUAAACAAAAAAAAGAAAAAGCAUCGCGCUUAUAUAUAAAUAAACACAAUUCUCGAGAGAGAAAGAGAGAUCCUCCGAUGAGGCAGGAAAAGAAAAAAGUGAAUUGUUUAUAAGAUUAUACAUUGAUUAAAAAGAAUCUCUGGAGGGAGAUCUCGCGAUCUUUUUUGCGUCUCGACGUCUCGUACAUUCGUGCAUACCUCAUCUCGGUGUGUCGCGAUAAGCGCGACUCGCGUGCGCGUAGCAAUCGUCACGUGUUUGUAUACACACGGCGCGCGAGAUAGGUGAGGGUGGGGGUAAGGGAGAGACCGAGAGUGGUACAUUUGACGCAGGAGCACGCGACGCACCUACAUACAUACAUAUAUUUGUGUAUGUGUGUACGUGUGUGGGUACGAGUCAGUCGGUCUCUAUCGCACGCGCGUCAUCGUCGGAUCGUGUAGAACGGCGCACAAAGCGCACUUGGCUCUCUUCGACCUUUCUCUCGAAUAGAGUCGCCGAGUUUUCUGCGAAAAGUGCGCGAUUUAGGGGAAAAAAAAAAAAAAAAAAA